CUGCCCCCAUCCCGCGCCUUUCCAGGUCUUCUCCCGGUGAACCGGAUGCUCUGUCAGUCUCCUCCUCUGCGUCCUCGGCCGCGGCCCGGGUCCCUGUCAAAGCCGCUGCCACCCCGGAGGGCCCAGCCAGUGGGCUCCCGGAGGCUGGCCGGGCAGGCGUGGUGCGCGGUAGGAGCUGGGCGCGCACGGCUACCGCGCGUGGAGGAGACACUGCCCUGCCGCGAUGGGGACCCGGGGCGCUCCUUCACGCCGUAGACAAGCGGGGCGGCGGCUGCGGUACCUGCCCACCGGGAGCUUUCCCUUCCUUCUCCUGCUGCUGCUCCUCUGCAUCCAGCUCGGGGGAGGACAGAAGAAAAAGGAGAAUCUUUUAGCUGAAAAAGUAGAGCAGCUGAUGGAAUGGAGUUCCAGACGCUCAAUCUUCCGAAUGAAUGGUGAUAAAUUCCGAAAAUUUAUAAAGGCACCACCUCGAAACUAUUCCAUGAUUGUUAUGUUCACUGCUCUUCAGCCUCAGCGGCAGUGUUCUGUGUGCAGGCAAGCUAAUGAAGAAUAUCAAAUACUGGCGAACUCCUGGCGCUAUUCAUCUGCUUUUUGUAACAAGCUCUUCUUCAGUAUGGUGGACUAUGAUGAGGGGACAGACGUUUUUCAGCAGCUCAACAUGAACUCUGCUCCUACAUUCAUGCAUUUUCCUCCAAAAGGCAGACCUAAGAGAGCUGAUACUUUUGACCUCCAAAGAAUUGGAUUUGCAGCUGAACAACUAGCAAAGUGGAUUGCUGACAGAACGGAUGUUCAUAUUCGGGUUUUCAGACCACCCAACUACUCUGGUACCAUUGCUUUGGCCCUAUUAGUGUCGCUUGUUGGAGGUUUGCUUUAUUUGAGAAGGAACAACUUGGAGUUCAUCUAUAACAAGACUGGUUGGGCCAUGGUGUCUCUGUGUAUAGUCUUUGCUAUGACUUCUGGCCAGAUGUGGAACCAUAUCCGUGGACCUCCAUAUGCUCAUAAGAACCCACACAAUGGACAAGUGAGCUACAUUCAUGGGAGCAGCCAGGCUCAGUUUGUGGCAGAAUCACACAUUAUUCUGGUACUGAAUGCUGCUAUCACCAUGGGGAUGGUUCUUCUAAAUGAAGCAGCAACUUCGAAAGGCGAUGUUGGAAAAAGACGGAUAAUUUGCCUAGUGGGAUUGGGCCUGGUGGUCUUCUUCUUCAGUUUUCUACUUUCAAUAUUUCGUUCCAAGUACCACGGCUAUCCUUAUAGUGAUCUGGACUUUGAGUGAGAAGAUGUGAUUUGGACCAUGGCACUUAAAAACUCUAUAACCUCAGCUUUUUAAUUAAAUGAAGCCAAGUGGGAUUUGCAUAAAGUGAAUGUUUACCAUGAAGAUAAACUGUUCCUGACUUUAUACUAUUUUGAAUUCAUUCAUUUGAUUGUGAUCAGCUAGCUUAUUCUUGUGUACUUUUUUUAAACUGUGGGUUUUCCUAGUAAAUUUAAUUUAUAGAAAUCAAUGGUAGCAUUUAGUAAUCUACAAAGGAAAUAUCAAAGUGUUUUUCAAGCCUAUUAUAUUCAGUGUGUGCCAGAGGAUUGAAAUAAAUGACAAUGUAAUUAUGAAUUCAUGUUUUAGAAAUGUUCACUCAUUAGUAAAGGACCACAGUGUUAGUAAAGAAAACCUAUGAAAUGUAUAUUAAAGAUUCUUAGUAUUGUACAGGGACAAAGCAAAUGCAUGAAAAUAUGUCAUGUACUGAAAAUUAAACUUACUGCAGUUUCAGUUAUAAAGGACAUGCACUGUUACGAAUAGCGUUUUGUUAUUAAUUAUAACUAGAUAAAGGUAUAUAGGACAGGGAACUGGAUGAAUGGUACCCACAAUUUGGGUGCCUAACCAAGGACUAGAGCUUCUUCUUGAGAUCUAAAUCUAAAGUAAAUGUGCAUUAAAUCAGUGUGCUUCAAAGGCAUCAGACAAUGAAAGCAACAUACCACAACUAGGAGUUAUUUCUCAAACUUAAAUGUCAUCUGGGAAUCCAGACUUACAAAUAAGAGCAAACUUAACACAGUAUAUCCAUUUUCGAGCAAACUUAACCCACUAUAUCCAUUUUGCUCGUGUGUUUUAUGGAACCAGCUUUCCAUCAAAGCCUCAAUCCUUGAAUCCAGAUAAAAGGUUAAUUAUCCUAGGAUUAGUGAAUGACUCAAUGAAGCUUUCUUGAAAACAAAUAUAGGAGUGUAACGUACUAUUAUGUUUGUAUCCUAUUUUAGUUUAUAAAGCACUUUCACAUACAUUAUGGUAUUUCUUCCUCACAGUAACCUUGUAAAUUGGUCAGGAAAUGUAAAUUUUAUCUGAUUCAUAGAAAUAAUGGAAGCUGAAAGCCAAAAAUAAAGUUUAUAACCAGGCCUUCAAACUCUCAAACAAACAUGGAUUUUUAUAUUCUGUGGAGUUACCCAAAUUAGGGUUUAGGAAAGCAGUUCUUCAGUCUGUUCAAUAAAUGUUUGUUUGCUUUUUCUUUUUAAGGUUAUCUGAUUUUCAUUAAGAUUUGAGUAAUAGACCAUGGAGAAUUGUUUUCACUGGGAGUUCCAGCUAUAUAGCCUCAAACAAGAAACAGGUGUACAACCACUGAGUUUACUUACUUAAAUCUGUGAAUUUCAGUGAAGAAUGGGAAAUAUAAAGGCCUACUCGGGGAUGUUUAUCAAGUUAUAUCCCAGGGCAAUGUGUGUGCUAGCAGGAUGAAUGAUUUCUUUUCAAAACAUAAUAUUCAGUGAAAAUUAGGUAAUAAUUGUAAGUUUAUAAUCAUACUCCCAAAUCUGUUACUGAAAAUAACAUAAAUUCUCCUAGUUCUUGUACUUAAAUGAAUAAAUUUAGUUUUGGAAUGACAUUUAUGGAAAAGCAAUAGAUGAACUUAAUCAUCUGAUCACUGCCUAUCCCUAGGGAGAACUUGACCUGUAAUUCUUAAUCCAUUGCAGAUUUUUUACAUUUUCCUCAAAACUUCAGAGAUUACAUAGAGAAUCUCAGGUCAAAUUUUACAAGUAUGAAACAUUUGUUAAUUAUAGUUUGUAUCCUUAAAUCUCAAAGUUGCAGUUAAUAUGCAGCUGAUUAAGUGAUACUACAAAUUA